CUGCGACGGCGGAGAAGAGGCCUUACUUUGUGCUUCUAUAUUUCGUUCGUUUACACUCUCAGUCAAUUCUUCCAAAAUGUCUGCGCAAUUCCAACAUCCCUUGCAAUGCCUCCGUUUGGUGCAGAGGUCACCUACGAACAUUCUGAUAGGGUCAGCGGGCUCCAAGCUGUACUCCUACUCCGCAGAGACUGGCCAGCGACUGGCGGUUUGGCCAGCAGAUGUCGCUUCGAGUGAAACCAACCCUGUUGACGCAGAGUCCACUGCCGAGCAGGGGCCCCCAGAGAAGAAGCGGAAGGUCUCAUCGUCAGAAUCCCAAUCAAUCGAGAAGCCUGCCUGGUCAAACAUCCCCAUAGUAAUUGGCACUUCGAACGGCGAGCACAUAGUUGCGCUUACCGCCGAAGAUAAGUGCGUCCGUGUCUUCCAGCUUCAGGAAGAUGGUUCUUUUGUUCAACUGAGCGAGAGAGCCAUGCCCAAGCGACCCUCCGCCAUUACCCUCACUGAUGACGACAACACUAUCCUGUGUGGUGACAAAUUUGGAGAUGUCUACUCGUUGCCACUGAUCCCAGGCGACAAGAUUCCUGUGGUUACGAAAGCCCUCAGAAGCGCAAAACUCAGCCAUCCGGCGGCAACAAACCUGACCGUGCAUACGAAGGGCAACCUACGAGCCUUGGAACAACAAUUACGUCUAGCGAGCGAAGGAAAGAGGGAUGAGAAGUCCUCUGGACCGAUUUUCGAACACAAAGUCUUGCUUGGCCAUGUGUCGCUGCUCACGGACAUGGCUUAUGUCUCGCUUCCGGUGGAUGGAAACAAGAAGCGCAGCUACAUCCUGACCGCCGACCGAGAUGAACAUAUCCGUGUCUCCCGUGGUCCUCCUCAAGCCCAUGUCAUUGAAAACUACUGCUUGGGCCAUACUUCAUUCAUCAGCAAGCUUUGUGUGCCUCAGUGGGCACCCCAGUAUCUCGUUUCUGGCGGAGGCGACAACUACCUGCUCGUUUGGAACUGGGCUGAAGGCCGUAUUCUCCAGAAGGUUUCCCUAGUAGACGAGGCAUCGGAAGCUACAGAGGUUGCAGUGCAGGGUAUCUGGGCGACAACCCUUGGAGACCUGCGUAUCAUCCUUGUCGCACUUCACGGAUCAUCCCGUCUGCAAUGCUUCACGCUGGAAUCCGACGGCACCCUGAAAACACAAGCCUCCAUCCAACUCUCCGGCAACGUCCUCGACCUCACCCCCGUCGAGAAAGACAACACUAUCCUUGUCUCCGUCGACUCUAUCCGCCAGUCUGACUCCACUCAAGAAUGGAGAGCCAGCCCCGCCUCCCCCUCCACCCUGGUUGAAGCAUUCCACGUCAAGAGCGGCAACGACAGCUUGGAAUGGGAGCCGACCGCGGCGUCUGUGACCGAUAAGAUCAACUCCACCGGUACGGAAGAAGUCCCAGCCACCACGGAGGAGAAGCAACGGAAGGAACUGAACGACUCGCUAUAUGGAUUGGGACAUCUUCGGAAGAGGAAGGGUGAAGAUGAGUGAAAGGGGGAGAUAGAGGAAGAAAAGUUUGGUCUUUUGCGAAUAGAUAAUAGUAUACUCGUCGCGAGGAAUGUAUAUACCUGUCAACCGUCAACGAGUUCUUGAAAUGCUUUUGCUAGCGGUCUAUGCAUUUUACUUGCUAUCGUU